AAAAAAUCCCCUCGUCCGAUCCCCAACCUCCUCCCGAUCCCGUCGCCGCUGCUGCCUACCCCGCCUCCUACCGGUGCGCUACCACUCCCGCCUCCUUCCGGCGCGCCGUCAUCCCCGCCUCCUACCAGCACGCCGCCGGACCCUCCUUCUUCUCUGGAGCACCGCCACCCCGCUGCCCUCGCCAUCUUCCCGAGCGCGCCGCUGCCGCCGUCUUCCCCAGAGCGCCACCGCCCCGCCACCCCCGCCCACGGGACCAGUGGUCCCAUCGCCGGUCUCCCCCCACCCAGAUCUGCCGGAGGCGCACCGGAUCCUGCCUCACGGCCGGUUCUUGCGACUCGGCCGCCGCCCCAACCGCUGCAGCAGGCGAACACCUCCACUAGGUGCCCCGGCGGUUCGGACCCCCACCUGGCCCCUCCCUCGAACCCAGCGAGCCUCCGCCCCGACCUACUUCCCGCGCGAGGUCGCCUCCGCCUCCUCCUGGCGCACCGCCGCCCCCACCAUCUCCACCUCCGCCUCCGCCGAUGCCUCCUUCUCCACCUCCGUUCGCAAGCGAUGGCGGCCGCGGUCUUCACCCCCAGCCACCAUGGCUGCAGAUCCACCCACGGCCGGUCGUCUAAGCUUCAAGCAUGGAUGGAUGGAUUCAGGAAGGUAUCCUUCCUCCCUGGGUGGAGCGAGCUGCAGAUCCCGUCCGGCCCUCCGGAACCGGCCAUCUCCGCCUCCUCCUCGCCGCUGCCGCUGGGGAUCACGUCUUCACCAAACGCGAGCUCCGCCCCAUCCGACCGACCGCAAAGGGAGAUAGGACAUGGCGGAAACAAAACUGCACGGCGAUGUGCAUUUCUGCAACACAUCAGACGGAAGAAAAAGCAAUAUGAAGUUCUUGUCUGCAUCAAACUGCUUUCACUUAUAUUCUGCCGAAUUUCCUCCUUCUAUGGGACUGUACAUGGGAAUUAUCUACAAGGGUUAUGUCCUUUGCAGGUAGAUUAUCUUAUAGGACGGGCGAAAUGCAACAGAAGAAGCUCCUCCGCUGCUACUCGCCAAACUCCAAGCAAAAAGGACCUUCCACUUUCCUUGCUAAUGGUAAAUUACCAUGGUACUUAUCUAAUGCGAUUUGUAAAGUUUUACCAAUCUGGAGAAUAUUCAAUACCAAGAUUUAUGAUUUGGCAUAAGUGAGAUGACAUACAAGUGAGUUUAAUUCGUGAGAGUGAAAUAGCAACAGUUUAAUUAUCAUACCGCCGGCAGCUGCACCUCAACUGCGGAAAAAGAAAUCUUGAAGAACCAAGACCACCACCAGCUGGAAGAAGGUAAAAGUCCUUUUUUCUUCUUCUCCCUCCUCAUUUGAUUUCCAUUUCCUCGCAGCUCUAGGUAAUUUCGUGACCUACCUCUUGGUAAGUCACCUAUCUGCAGAAUGCAUAGUGUGUGUGCGUGUGUGUGUGUGUGUGUGUGUCAGAUAUACAGUGAAAAAACACCACAAUGCAAGUGUCAGAUCCUGUUCUUGGUGCAAUUUUGCAACUAUGUUCUGGACUGUAAGCAACUGCUUCAUGUUAAACUAAAGCUCCAAUCAGGCUUGUGGCUCUUUUGUUUACAUUAUGAGUAGUUGUUCUUAUAAGAUGUUCGUUAUCUAGGUAAAACUUGGGAACAUGUAUGGAUGGACAAUACUAUAUGGAUUUGGUCAUUUUAUUGACUAAUUAUACAGCGUAUGAACUUAUAGAGUUUAGAGUUGUUUAUCCUGUUCUAAUGCUGGAGUUAAAAGUUUCAUGUAGCUAAUGCCAUCAUCUUUAUAAUAGAGCGGCAACAUACUCCGUAAGUUUUCACCCUACUCUAGGAAGCCAUUUCAUCAGUUUUUGGCUUCUGACACACUCGGAGCAACAAAUUUUGUGCUGCUAAUUGCAUUGUCCUCUCUGUUCUCUCUCUUUGCACUUACUUGUGAUUUUUGCUUAUGUCCGCGUACAGAUUUCAUCCAGAAAAUUUAGUCCUAGGGACUUUGAUAUACAAUGAUACACCAAAGCAAGCAAAGAAGCCAAAAGAAGUUAAAUGUUUUUACCUGCUGCUGGCAUCCGAUGAGCAGUUGCAGGUGUCAACCAUAGUAUUGUUAUAUGAAGUGAGAGUUGCAUGUGCUUAUCUGAAGCUUAUACUAAUAAUUUGCCUCCCUAAUUGUGGCUGAUCUGGAGCUCAUACCCAUGUUGGGUGAGUAUCUCCCUCUCUGUUUGUUGGGCUGUCGGCAGCUCCUUUUUGCUGCGUCUCUGUAUACUAUAACCACUAUCCCUAAAAUAAGUAAACUAUAACCACACUCUUUGAUCAUAUUAUUUAGAAGAAAAAAGAUUAGAGAUGCAUUUAUUCAUAUUAAUGUAGACUGUGCCUGAUCCAAGAAAUAGAAGACUUGUACAUUGAUUGCAUCCACCGAUAAAAUCCCAAAUGUGUGUGGGCAAGACUAUCUUCGUGUUUUGAUAAUAUAAAAAAUAGUAGGUAAGUGUCAAUCUGUUGCUGGUUCAGAAUUUGAUAAGGUUGAAAACUUUGUAUGAAAAUCUUUGUAAUUCUUUUGAGUUGUGGAAGAGACAGCUGGGAUGACUUUGAUAAUAUGCAUUGGAUGGCGGAGGACGAAAAAUAAAUAAGGUGGGGCGGCUCUGAAGCAUAAAAAAAUUCCAAUGGAAAACGAAAGUAGUUCAUGCACACUAAAAUGCACACAAAUACUUUUUAAAAUCAUGCUAUUGUCCGGUCAUUUUCUCAAAAUGACACUAAAAUUUGAAUAAUAAUUACUUCUCUCCUUUUGUCUUCCAUUUUCCCGUCCAGUACAUUUUCCUCUUUUUAGUUCAUUGGAAAAAUUGACACACAGCGGCCGCUAAAUUUUUUGAGAAGACGAACCAUGGAGAUUGGAGAUGAAGAGCUGAUCGCCGCCCCUGUGUACCUAUUCUGAUUGGAGUUCUUAUUACAGUUACAUGAUCAUGUGACAGCAUGGCAUCGGACAACACGGCCUUCACCUUAAUGCACCCCAAAGGUGGUCAUCGCCGAAGCACGCCAAGGGUGAGCCAUAACCAUACCGUUGACCCACCGGCGUGGUGAGGACAAAUUGCAUAGUAUCAUGUUUUUCAGUUAAAACCUGAGAACAGAAAGACGUAUCUAACACAGUAUGUAAAAUUUGUAAGCUCAUAUGAAAAUAGCUGAGAUCAAAUUAGGUAAGCACGUUCUUGCAAGCGAUGUAUUUUCUCCUUACGAGAAUUACCAGUUGCAUAUAUAAUAUACUGUAGUAGCCUA